CGCCUCGCGGUAGAUUCUACUAGUAUGACUCCCCAAGUGAUCCCGUACGAGGGUAUUCCCUACUUCACCCCCGCCAACAAUGGCGGGGCAGCCAAAGACCCGAAGAGUCCAGAUACCCCCACUCUAUUCCGCCCCCUCCACAUCCGGGGCCUGACAUUGAAGAACCGGAUCAUGGUCGCACCCAUGUGCAUGUACUCAACACAAUCGGACCCAUCAUCACCCUUUGUUGGUGCGCUGACAAACUACCAUAUCGCCCACCUAGGACACCUUGCCUUCAAAGGCGUGGGACUGAUUAUCAUCGAGGCAACAGCGGUCCAGCCCAAUGGCCGGAUUUCGCCUAACGACUCCGGUCUCUGGCAGGAGGGCACUGAGUCGGAGCAGUUCCAAGGGCUGAAGCGCGUUGUAGACUUUGUUCAUAGCCAGGGAGCGAAGAUCGCUAUUCAACUUGCCCAUGCUGGUCGCAAGGCCAGUACCAUGGCACCCUGGGUUGCAAAGGAGGCAGGAAAGUGCAGUCUCCGAGCUGAAGAAAGUGUUGGUGGAUGGCCCGACAACGUUGUGGGGCCCUCUGGCGGCGCGGAACACGUCUGGGCGCUGGGAGACGGAUUCUGGGCUCCACGCGAGCUUAGUACUGCAGAGGUAGAGGGGAUAGUGGAGGCAUUCGCUAAGAGUGCUAAGCUAGCUGUCCUGGCUGGUGUGGACGCCAUCGAGAUUCACGGAGCACAUGGGUAUUUGAUCUGCCAGUUUCUGAGCCCAGUUACCAACCGGCGGACCGACAAAUAUGGUGGCUCAUUUGAAAAUCGAACGCGGAUCGUGCGGGAAAUUGCUGCGGCGAUUCGUGCCGUGAUCCCUGCUGAUAUGCCUCUAUUCUUGUGCAUCAGUGUUACUGAAUGGCUUGACGGCAAGGCUCCCGAGUUUUGGGACCUCCAUUCUUCCAUUGCACUUGCUAAAUUGCUUCCUGACUUGGGAAUUGAUUUCCUUGAUGUGAGCUCUGGCGGUAACCACAAAGGAUCAGGUAAUUGAGCCGCAUACACACUAUCAGAUUGAUCUUGCUAGAAAAAUGCGAAAGGCAAUUCGACAGGCCGGACAAAGAACACUGGUUGGAGCCGUGGGUUUAAUUACACAAGCAGACGCUGCCAGUCAGAUUGUCCAGGGAGCACAUGCCGAUGAAGCAGAAGCGGCUGAAGCGAUGCUAACCGGUUCGCAACCAGAGGCUGACGCUGUGCUACUGGGACGUCAAUUCCUUAGAGAAGCAGAUUGGGUGAUCAAUGCAGCAAAGAAGCUGGGGGUUCCUUUUACCGCAUCUUUGCAGCUCGGUCGUGCAGUUUGAACUGAUAUAAUGGUUUGUUUAGGGAUGGGGACAAUUCCAUCUAACGAAAAAUGAUAGAGAGCUAGGAAUCAGG